AUGGGCGGGGUGGAGUUGGAGAUGGGGGUGGUGGUGGAGGGAAAAUUUGGGACUUCAAGUAAAGUUAACCUGGUCGUUAGUUGGUUGGACUGCUUUUCUGGCGGGGUGUUUUUCGCAGCAACGGUUUUGGACCUUUUACCGGAAGCGCGCGAGGUGAUGGAAAAUGCGCUGAAGCACUAUGACUUUGAAACGGAAUAUCCGCUCACGGAACUGCUUUUAUGUGUAGGUUUCUUCUCUAUGUUAUUCGUUGAACAUUUAUCUCAUUUCCUCUGCUCACCGAGAAAAGUGGAAAAAUCCAACGAGGCAAACGCAGAGCCUCAACAACACGAAGACGUUGCAAUAGAAGUACACGGCAAACACAGCGAGAACACGGUCAUCUUCGAGUCGUGUAUCGACAGUUCUGUAAGUCAAACGUAUGGCGCCAUUGGCCAACCUGGCAAAGAAAAAUCACCGGUCUGGUCAGCAAUUCCUACAGACAGUUUCGCCACCGACACCAAAAAUAAAAGCAGUCUCAGCGUUGCAUUUACUAGUGAUGACGGUAAGAAUCCAGACAUUCGAAACGCUGAAUCGACCAACUUAUUAUCAGACGCAAAUACUUCGACGGAGCCAAGAACAGAAGAGGGCAAGCGUUCAAAAAUUCGGGGAGCGGUUCUACUUAUAGCUCUGUCACUUCAUAUGAUAUUUGAUGGUCUCGCACUUGGCCUGUUGACAGAGACGUCCGCCGUUUGGCAACUUCUGGGGGCGCUUUCUGUUCACAAAUGUCUUGUGUUUUUCACGAUUGGCAUCCAGUCAGUUGAAAUACUGUCGUCAUCGAAGAAAGCGGCAUGCAUAGUUAUUGUCUUGGCCCUUGUCAGUCCACUCGGCCUCCUUAUCGGCGAAGCUAUAAAUAGCUCCGAUGACGUCAUCACACGGGACACCGUUUCAGCGGUACUUCAAGGAAUCGCCACGGGGACUUUCCUUUUCGUGACAUUCUUUGAGAUUUUGUUACGUGAACUUGGUUCACAUAACUCAACGCUUCUGAAAAUUAUUUUCAGUUUCUUUGGAUUUGUACUUAUGGCACUUGUUCGUCUGCUAGCGCAUGAGGAUUAA